GGCCAUCCCGUUCCUGCUCGACCGCAGACGGGGACGCAGAGACGGGAUGCAGAGACGGCUUUUGCAACCCCACCAUCGAGAGGCCCAAACCAGAGCAAACCAGACCAAAGCAUAGACUACCAACGACCAGGUCAGGGUUUAACGAAACACGAUAUUUACGAUACCAUAACGAUACGAUCUCGACGAUAAUACAUUCUCCAACGCACACUAAUAUUACCCACUGCGCACCUGUCAACAACCAAGCCCGCGACUUCACAAAGCUGGGACAUGGUCGCUCGUUGUUGAGCUACCUUCGUCAAUAGCUUCUCUAUAUUUCUUUUUGCGCCCAGCAUGAUGGAUGACUACGUGAGCGAGUCGGAUAGCGACUAUACAAGUUAUUGGCGGGACUGGGUGAGUGCCUCCAGCAACUGUCGAACCGUGGAGACAACGCGCUCUUGUUAUCGCUGUCCGCCAUCGCCAUAUUGUUGUUGAACGGAUAACGGCCAUACAGAGGCGUGGGGCCACGGGGGUUCUCUUAUUAUCAUCUUGGAAUUUCAUAGGCUAACCACGGAUCUUUGCAGUUCAUCUCAUCGAGGGGUAACGAGUACUUUUGCGAAAUCGACGAGGACUACCUUACGGAUAGGUUCAACUUGACAGGCCUUAACACUGAAGUCCAGUACUAUCAGUAUGCGCUGGAUCUCGUCACCGAUGUCUUUGAUCUCGAGUGCGACGAUGAGAUGCGCGAGGCCAUCGAGAAGUCUGCGAGGCACCUUUAUGGUCUUGUGCACGCCCGCUAUAUCGUUACAACAAGAGGCCUAACAAAAAUGCUUGACAAGUAUAAGAAGGCUGAGUUUGGGAAAUGCCCUCGUGUCAUGUGCCACUCUCACCCCCUCCUCCCAAUGGGCCUCUCUGAUGUGCCCAACAUGAAACCUGUUAAGCUCUACUGCGCUCGCUGCGAGGAUAUCUACAACCCCAAGUCCUCACGACACGCUGCUAUCGACGGCGCCUACUUCGGCACGUCUUUCCACAACAUCCUUUUCCAGGUGUAUCCCGCCCUCAUCCCAACCAAGAGCGUAGAACGCUACGUCCCUCGCGUGUACGGAUUCAAAGUGCAUGCUUCGGCCGCUUUGAUUCGCUGGCAGAGCGCCAAGCGCGACGAAAUGCGCCGUCGGCUUCGCAAGCUUGAGAUCGACACUGGCUUCCGUGAUGAAAUGGAGGACGAAGAAGAAGACGACGAGGAGCUUGAAUUCGAAGGUAUAGAUGGUCGUAUGGCUGUUGUGGAAGGCCUUUAGGGGGCUCUGGUCUCAUACCCUGAGGAGAGCGCUAGGAUAGGUACUGGUGAUAGAAUCAGAGUCAUACCGACUGGCACCAAAGACGAUCCACAUGAACGCUCAAAUGGACAUGAACGAUGGACAUGGACGAAACUCCCCUGAAAACAUUCCUCGUAUUCUAGCACUUAUUUGGGGUUGUUGUUGAAUGGACACGAAUCUGCUUCUGCACAGGCAUUCGCCGUCUCUCGAAGGCAACAAGAGCAGUUCUAUUGUUUCUGAGGCUGUUGGUCGGGCUCUGGAUUGGCGUUUGGCGGCAAGUCAUACGGACUGGAUUGGGCUGGUAUAAACAACGAAGGAGUGUGAAAUGGUUUUUUCUCUUGAAUUACAGCUGUUCAAUAAGAAGCGUAUUUUUUUUUCCUUCCUGUUAAUGCAUUUGGUCAUGAAUCUUACUGAUCGCCCGCCGGGUAUAAACCCUUGCUCUGAAAUGGCAAGCAAUUAUUUUAAUGUCUCAUUGAUAGUCACGUUGGCUGUGGUUGGUAUCAAUCGGUCAUUUCCUUGUUCGUGUCAUGUCGUAUCAAAAAAUCAAGUGGUCUAUCUGCCC